AUGGAUAUUGAAGCUCCUAGUGAUGAUGGUGAGGAUUCUUUGGAGGAAACACUAGCGACUAAGUUUCUUAAUCAAAAGCUGGUUCAGUUAUGGAAUCCUUUAGGGAUUAUGAAAAUGAUUGAUCUUGGCUGUGACUUCUUCGUAAUAAAUUUCAACACAGAAGAGGAUUAUGAUAAUGUGUUCUGGGGAGGCCCCUGGCUUAUUGGAGGAAAGUUUAUUACUGUUAGAAUAUGGACUCCCAAGUUUAGAGCUUCUGAAGCUAAGCUUGACAAAGUUGCCAUUUGGGUUCAAUUGAUUGAACUUCAGAUCGAGUACUAUGAUAGUGGUAUUCUCCAUAAAAUUGGUACAAGUAUAGGUAAGUUGGUGAAAGUUGAUAAUUAUAUUCUGGUAAUGGAGAGGGGUAAAUUUGCACGCAUCUGUGUGGAGAUUAAUUUAGAUAAACCACUGGUGAAAGAAAUAUUUAUGGAGGCAAGAAAGCAGAGAUUAUGCUAUGAAGGCGUGGAGAAAUUAUGCUUCUCCUGUGGGAGAAUUGGUCAUGGGAGGGAAUAUUGUCCUGAAGCCCAAACAGCAACGACCAAGGAGGAGAGGAAAAAAAGAUGA